AUGACCGUUACCGAGCAUCCAGAAGCACAACCCAAAUGGUGGAAAGAAGCGGCCGUUUAUCAGAUUUAUCCAGCCAGUUUCAAUGACUCUAAUAACGACGGCUGAAGCGACAUUGCUGGUAUCACCGAAAAGCUGUCGUACAUCAAGGAUCUUGGCGUCGAUGUGAUCUGGAUUUGUCCAUUCUACGACUCGCCUCAGCAGGACAUGGGCUACGACAUCGCUGACUAUGAGAAGAUGUAGCCGCGCUACGGUACCAAUGAGCAGUGUUUCGAGCUUAUUGACAAGGCUCAUGCUUUAGGACUCAAAGUCCUCGUCGAUUUGGUUAUCAAUCACUGCUCCACGGAGCAUAAGUGGUUCAAGGAGUCGCGCUUGUCAAAGGACAACCCCAAGCGAGACUGGUUCUUCUGGCGUCCUGCAAAGGGCUGGGAUACCGAGGGAAAGCCGAUUCCACCCAAUAAUUGGCGCUCGUUUUUUGGGGGUUCUGCGUGGAAAUGGGAUGAGCAGACUCAAUAGUUUUACAUGCGCUUGUUUGCCUCAGAACAGCCUGAUUUUAACUGGAAUAACAAGGAUUGUUGCCAUGCCAUCUACGAAUCUGCAGUCGGGUUCUGGCUUGACCACGGUGUAGAUGGCUUCAGAAUUGACACUGCUGGGCUAUACUCCAAAAUUCCGGGCUUGCCGGAUACGCCGAUCGUUGAUGAGACGUCCGUAUUUCAGGAUCCUAACCCAUGUACACACAACGGCCCUCGCAUCCACGAAUUCCACAAAGAGAUGAACAUCUACAUGAGAGGUCGUGUUAAGGACGGCAGAGAGCUCCUGAAUGUGGGCGAAAUAGGUGUUGCUGAGAAGGAAGUCCGUCUGGACUACACCCGAGCCAGGGAAAAUGAGCUUUCGGAGCUGUUUAGUUUCCCUCAUACCGAAGUGGGCACAUCUGGGUUCUUCCCCGGUACAAUAUUUCCCCUUUUACUUUGAAAGAAUGGAAACUCGCAAUCGCCGACAGUUUCCAGUUGAUUGACGGCACGGAUUCCUGGUGCACUGCGUAUUUCGAAAACCACGACCAGCCCCGUAGUGUGACACGUUUCGGUGACGACUCUAUUGAGUGGUGCAAAACUUCUGCUAAGCUUUUGGCUUUACUUCAAAUUUCUUUGACUGGCACCCUCUACGUCUACCAAGGACAAGAGCUGGGCCAAAUAAACCUAAAAAACUGGACUGUGGAUCGGUACGAAGAUGUUGACGUCAAGAACAACCACGCCAUCAUCAAAGGCAAGUAUGGAGAGAACUCUGUGGAAAUGAAGAAAUUUCUCCAAGGUGUUGCGUUGGUUUCGCGCGACCACUCCAGAAACCCGUUUCCUUGGACUAAGGACGAGCCGUUCGCUGGAUUUUCCAAGUCUACUGCGCCAUGGUUUGACUUGAACGAGUCCUUCCGAGAUGGUAUCAACGCCCAAGAGGAGCUUGAGGAUCUCGACUCAGUGCUGCAUUUCUGGCGCAAGGCUUUGCAAAUAAGAAAGGAGAACAAGGACGUUUUGGUCUACGGUUACGACUUCCAAUUUCAUGACUUGAACAACCCAAGCCUUUUUCGUACACGAAGCGUCACGGCGACAAGAUUCUGUUUGCAGCGUUGAACUUCAGCGGUGACGAGAUUAAGUUCACUAUUCCUCGCGAGAACGCCUCUUAUAAAUACCUCUUAGGAAACUACAAUGAAAUUGACACCAGCGACAUUGCAGCCUUGGGAGGGCCGCUUAUAUUACCUGGAGUAGAUGAAAUUAGAUUCUGCUAG